GUUGGCACUCUCUCAUAUCAGAAAAAUGGAAGAAAAGCCAAAUGGUCCUCAGCCUGGACCAACUGAAGCUCAAAAGGACAUGGUGUGGAGUGGUGACUCUGAUUUGUUGGAAGAGUGGAACUUUGUUGUCCACACAAAUAAGCUCAAUGCUACGGAGGAAACAGCCAGCGACGGAGAAAGUGUGGAAAUUCUCUCCAGAGAAAAAAUAGGAGACCCAGCUGUAGAAGCAGAGGAGCAUCGGAUUACUGACGAAUCGAAUGAUGGUGAUCAGAUUGAUAGUGACAAUGAGUCGAAUGCUGAUGAUGAAGAAGGUGACGAAAAUCUCCGUGAUGAGGAUGAGGAAUGUAAUAAUGCCAAUGCUGAUGAUGACCAAACAGGAGAGUCAUCCACUCAAAUUGUUCCUACCGGUAUUUUCCCAGAAGAAAACCUGAUUCCCACCCAUCCUAUGGAAACUGCUCUUGACACUGUCUCAGCCAGAUCUGAGUGGGAACUGGAAAGAAGAAUCAUUCUCGUUUCUGGACUAGUUAUUUUCAUUGGAUGGCUCCUUUUAUUCUUUCCUGUUCGAUCCCAAGAGAACAUUGACAAAAUUAAGCUUGAAAAUGAUUUGAAAUGGCAAGCAAUGAAUGAAAAAUACUCCAGUCUUAUGCAAGAACUAGCCAUUUACAAAAUGAAGUCUCAGUUGAUAGACUCAUCUUUGAAUGAUUUGAAGACUCUUCAAAAAGGUGGGAAAGCUGCUAGCUGUCAAUUUGAUGAUGAAAAAUGGCAACAGAUGCAUGAAAAAUACCUGAAACUAGAGAAAGAUUUGACCCUAUUCAAAGAAAAGUCUGACCCCCUGGAUGAUGUGAAAAACAGCGUCAGAAAUCGUAUGAAGCAUCCCGAUUCAAGCUUUUCUCCUACUAGUAGGAACAAAAAAUCAGAUUGCGGCUCCGACAAGUCAAGUUACUGUAUCAAAGAUGGAGAAGAUGUUCCGCAGCACUCCGAAAUACUGAGACUCAUCAAACAGCUUGACUCCAGACCAGAGCUUGAAAAGUCCUCUCAUGAAGUAGGUGAAGAACCAGAGUUCUUUGAUCUCAGGGGGAAAUUUUUUAACAUUAAACGUGCUUUUGAAAUCUCAGAUUCAAAAUCUUUUGAAGAAGAUUUUGAAAAAUUGUAUGAAGUUUUAUCUGUUGACAAAGAUGAUUUCAUCGGCAUAGAUCUGAAUUUAAUUACUAGAUACAAUGAAGAGCUUUACGAAAGUUUCCUGGCAUUGAUGGAUGUAAGUGAAAAAUUUACAAAGUAUCUGAAGAACACGGACCCUAGAUUCGCUAAUGACUUUGAUGACCUGGCUCGUAUCUCGUACGAGUAUAUUUUAAGUAAUUUGCAAAAGUCCAACUAUAACAUUGCAAAAUUGGUAAAUAAUUAUGAUCAUUUUGCCAAAGCUGUCUCCAUUGAUAUUAGUUAUUCCUCCAGGAGGUUCGGUCAGAAACGACUGAAAAAAGAAAGAGAGUGGAAGUCAAAGAAUGGAGGGUCUAAAGAAAGUUUUGACGAUAACUACAAGAGAAAGUCUAAAGAUAAAGAAGAAUCAUUCCAUAUAAAUCCUGAGUUCUUAACUAAAUUGUCCAACGAAGUAUUAGAAAACUUUCAUCGAGUCUCUAUAUUGAAUGAAAAAAUUAGGGAGCUUUUGGAAAAAAUCCCGCAGUCUGUUAAAGAUGCCGAUAACUAUGUCCAAAUUGUCAGUGACCGCAUUCGGAUUAAUUUAAAUGAUGCGGAUAUUGUUUUGUCACGCUUCAUAAGUUCAUUUGACAGCCUGUUGAAGAAGGGUAAAACUGACGAUUCUGUCAAAAACAACUACAGAAAAGACUACAAGGAAAAAGAAGAUUUUAAAGUUCAUAAGAAAAGAAGCUCGCAGGAAUCUUUCCAUAAUGAGCAAGAAAACUUGAAAGUUUACAAGAAAAAAAGUUCUCCAGAAGCCUCUUAUAACCAUCCUAAGUAUGAAAAUAGGUUUAAUCAAAGGAGAGACAGUCAUCAACAUGAAGGGAAUGAGGGAAGCAGUGAAAGUAGUGAAGAUCAAGAAGAGAAACUGAGAGAAAGCUAUGAGCAAAAUGAUGGUAAUGUUUUCAAGUUCAUUAAGUCAAAAAUAAAUAACUAUCAAAAAUUUUUUACCGAUAAGGCGGCUAAUUUUAACAAAAAACUGAAAAACCACACAAUGCGGGUGAAAGAAAAGUUCCAGAAAAAAUUCAAAUCUGUUUUGGACUUUGAAAAGGCAAAGAAGUUGAACGAAAAGAUAAUGAGCCAUGGGUCAAAAAUAAAAAACAAGCUGACACAGAAAUUCGAUUCUUUGUGGGAUUCUGUCUCAAAAAAAUUGAAGAACGCAACUAACAUGGCCGUCGCAUCAAGUGAGUGGUUGUUCGACUUUGGAGACGACCGAGAUAAGCAAGACUCAGCAGAGAGUAAAGAGGAGGCAAAUGUUGAUCUGAAUAAUAACAACUGGAUGUUCAAGAGAGCAGAGUUCCGCAAUUCCAAGCGGGAGGACACAGCAUAUUGGUAUUUCAGGCGAGGCAACGCUCGCAGACGUAAUGUCGAGAAAUACAAGGAACUAUGAUGACUGAGGGUUGAUGCACAGUAAAGCUAAAGAUUAGAUCAGUCUCAAAACUGUAUUUCUUUCUUCCUGAAGACCAUCAAUGUUCAACUCUCUUUAUGUUCUGAUCCUUUCCUCUAUCUUCAAAACUGAAAUUUCUUUAGUGCUCCGCAGUUUUAGUCUCCGUCAACUUAAUAUUGCCACAAGUACAGAAGCCGUGAAAGCAUGGUGUCUUGAGCCCCAAAUUAUCAAAAUUCCUCUAAGUAUAAAAACAUUUAUGGGAAAAUCAGGGAACCAGUUUUAAGAAGGGAGAUGUUUUUUUCUCUCCACUCCUAAUCGAUUUUGCUUCUCAAAGCAAUCCACAUCUAAUCAGCACUAUGAAAUUAGCCAGAAGGUGUCAAAAGUAACAUUUCAGCUUUGAAAUCCAAAAAAAUUUAAGAAAUUCUCCAUGAGGAUCCAAGAUAAUGUGGAAAGAAACUUUGGAUUUUCAUUGGGAAAUCUGCCGCCGAAAAUCACUGAUCAAAUAAAAAUGAAAAAAUCUAAGAAUAUCAGACACCAUGCUUGAAGGGUAGUAUAGCUGUAGAAGUUCAAUACUUAUCAUAUGCACUUUCUCAGAGGUUGUUUUCAACCGAUAAAAUCGUCAGUACCCCUCUGAAACGAGGAAGCCUAAGCAUAUCCAAGGGUCCCAAAUUCAAGUGGGUCACAAGAAUACAAAGUGAUGAGGUCGGAGGUACUAACCUCCUAAUCGAAAGUGACUGAAUCCCCUCCCAAUCCUCGUUCUUUACUGUCCCUUCGGGCAAGUUGCUCAAAAAUUGAAGAGAAUCGAUUAUACCCUCAUCUAACCCUCUUGAAUUAGCAGUACCUUUGAAUGAUGCAAAAAAGUUUAGUUUACCUGAUACGAUAAUUGAUUAGUGAAAGCUUUUAAUGAAUCUCAAAAUCUUACAAGAAACAAGAAGUAUUUUAUUGUAGAAACUCGCUGUAAGGACCAUUGCACGUCUAUCGAGCUCAAUUGUCCAUCUUGCAACCUUGUCCUUCUUGGUUUGCAGAAAUAAAUCUACUGUCUCAAUAUGUAGCCUCGCAAAUCUUGUAAGUUCAUAUUGUUAAUUCUUAGGCCCUUAUUCCUCAUACCUUUAGUGUGGUUGCCUCGUUAAUUAUUGCAAGCCUGAGGCUUGAAAUAAGGCUUACUCUGUUUAUUUUCUCCUUUGAAUGUAUUCUAUUUCGUAAGUAGUGUCUAAGUUUGGACAGACUUUUGCUGUCCAAAAUCUUUCGUUUUUUUAGAAAUUUAAGUGAACAGUGAAAACAUUACGAAGCCUUUCAUAAUUGUUUAAGGCCCUAUGAAAUUUUUGCAGAAAAUCAUGUAAAUGAAACUUCAUGAUAUUGCAAAAUCAAGGAUUGAAGAUUCUUGGAAAAGUCAAUCGUUGGAACGUAAAUCCCCUGCAAAAUUACCGGUUAUUCCUCCAAGUAUUAGUAUUGCAUGUUGUGAAAGUUUGCAUGUUAAUGGUGAUACUGUAGGAACGCAUACCUCUGUUUGUGACAUUGCAGACAUCCUGUCUUACCUACUUCAUUUUAAAAUGGAAAAAUACUCUAUGUUAUUUCUUGCAAUAUUUCCUCUCUAAAAAGAGCAUACAACAGAAAUUUCAAAUAACAGCGUUGGUUCGUCCUUUUUUAGUAAAAUAAAGUGGAAGUGGAGAUUUUUUAAACAACUCAAAUAAGUUGCGAGUCCCUAUGGUUUCAUCAUCAAUUUGCACCACUUUUGUUCAUGCAAGUUAGUGUUUUUUUCAUGAAAAUUUUCGAGGGAAGAUCGUCAUUCUAUCUAUACACGAUCGCAAAUCAAAGAAUUUCAGGCAAGCAAACAUGAUACACGUAGGAUACUUAAUUUUAAUUUUUUUGUCAAACUCUUCAAAGAACUCAGAAAGGAUGUGAAUUCAUUGCCUCUUUAGUAACUUCAUUGUCUCAUUUUCUGCCCCUGUUUUACUCAAUCUUUAAAAUUAAUUGACGUUUAUCUGUGAUAUAUCCCCCUGCAGAUUCUGGCUGCAAGAUGAUUUUGUCUAUGCACCACCAGAUCAACUCUUGGUCAUUUUGACAAAUUCUGAACCAACACAAUCUAACCAUCGCAAAUGAAAGAUGAAAAAUUAAAGUAACAAAAUGCCUGUGCAAUCAUCAAUCUGUUAGAGACCCAUGUCAGGGCCGUUUCAUUAUUCUUUUUUAUUUUUUCUCUCUCUUGCCUCCGCUCUAUCUCUCCUACAAAUAUUUUCGGUCACCACUCGCCACAUAUUUUUAUCAAUCUUGAAUAUAUAACCGUUUUAAUUGGCAGUGGUAGCUUCUGCGAUCCCUCUUAUUUUAUUCUCUCCAAAAUGUGUAAGAUACAAAGGUGAAAAUGGUGCCACAAAAGCUUCCGUCCAUAAAAACCAAUUUGCAGUCACAAUUCAUCUGUUCUCAUGUCUUUGCAAGGAGUCUAUAAUGGGGUGAGGUUGAUUGCUGUGAGUUUUCGCUUUCAGGUGCUCCGUAAUGUUUGUUCUUAAUACUUUGAGGUUUUUUUCUUUGAUUUCUAUUUGUAGUAUUCCUUAAAUAUUUGAAUUUUUUUUUUUUUUUUUUUUUUUCGUACGGAAAUCCGGUCAAGCUUUUUCUUAUUUUUUUAAGCCUCCUCCCCCUUUUUUAGAUUUAUAGGAAACAAAAAAUUAAAUUUAAAUUCUUUUCUUUUUCGUGAAGAACAGAUCAUCCUAUCUUCACAAUUUCGUUUAAUUUCUCAAGGGGAAACUCCCGGUAUUAAAUUUUUCCCCCAUCAAGCAAGUACAUCGGAUGAAACUCCAAUUAUUUAUUUGUUUCAUCAUCGCGCAUAUUCUCACUCUUUUUUCAUAUUCCCUCGUCUGCUUUAUUGCUGUAAUUUUAUUCUUGAAGACGCUCUUUUUGUAAGAGUUUAGGACAUAGUGUAUUCUGUAAAUACUGGCGAUUAGCACGGUGAGAUUUAUGGCAAAAAUUAGCUGUAUUGAAAUGUAUGUCUCUGUAAUUUCAAUUUCCUAUUGUUUAUUGUUCAAUGUCUAUUGUUGUAAUGAAUUUAAGUCUUGGGAAAUUGGACAAAAAAUCGGGCAAGAAUGGUUGAAUGAUUUUUUUGUGGACCCUCUAAUCGAAGGCAAAAAAAACUUCAUCGUAUCAUUCUCUGAUAUGUACCAAAAUCGUCAUGAAUUAGGUAAAUCAAUUCAACUUUUAAGCUAUCCAUUUUUCUCUCCAUACCUUAAUUUUUACCGUAGAAUUUCUGCUAAAAACGAAAAUUCACUAAAGACAAUGUCAUAAAAUACGUCUUUUCAAGAGCAAGAUCAAGUAUUAUUUUUUUUUUACACCAGCCUCCAAAAUUCCUCAAAUUUUUGCAAGAUAAUUAAUAAAACUUGAAAUAUCCCAUUGUUAAGAAACACUUUAAAAGUCACAAUCUUGUACCUAUCUCCAUUCAUUUUAUUUUUUUCUUCUUUUUUUAUAGUGUAAUUCUAUAGAUCUAAAAUCUAUAUUUAAUGUCUCCUGUUCAUGAUCAGAAAGAAUUUAAUCGUGUGUGAAUUUUAUCGUUUUAUCUAUUUUCUAACUGUGUUAAUAUACUGACCCUAUGUUUGCACCGUCUUUGCAAACUAAUCAUCUGGAUCACUCAAGAUCCUUAACUUGAGUGGUUUAAGCGGUUAAUUGAGCUUCUUUAAUAUAUAGAUCAUGAAAGUACUCUUAAAUCAGGUUUUCAGCAUGUUUCUUAAAUUCCUGAGCCUUAAGGCAAACUAUUUCUUUUAUUUUUGACACCUCUUCUUGAAGAGACAUUGAUACUAAAGAGAGAAACGUGUAUCUUUAAAUAAUAGAAAGUCCUUUUAACACAACAGCUUUCAACUGACGGCUGAAAACCUUCGGGUUUCAUUUUUGUGUCCAAUGAUUAGUUUGGAAGUUCAUUUAGUGCUGCAUAAAUGGUCAAAUGUUUUAUUUUUGUGAUAAGCUCUAGUUACCCUACUAGAUUUAUUUUUUUAAAAUUUAGUAACUUUCGAGAGCUUUCGUCAACUCUCUAAUAGUUCCACAUAUUUUUUCCUAUUUUUAACGAUUAUGUUGUACCUUUUUUUAGUGUAAUUUAAGUUCAUAAUUUUAUUUUCAAGUCUUUCCUGAGUAUUUCUACUGAUAUUAAUCAAUCAAACUUUCCCCCUACUUUGAUGUCGAUAUUCUUUUAAGUAUUUACAGUUAUAUCUUUCUUAAAAUAAAAUUUAUUGUCAACCUCCAA